UUUUUAUUUCGAGAAAAAUCUUGAAAAAAAUGACUUCAACACGUGCCCAAACCCUUCAUUACAAGAAUUUACGCCAAAUUUUCGGCAAAUAUAUCCGUACAAUUGGUAAAGAUGCCCAUGAUUGUUGGUUAAUGAGUGGCAAUGACAAAAAAUUGAUUGCAGGACAUCAAUUCGUUCUCGCCGCCUGUAGCCCCUAUUUCGACUCCGUUUUUCACGAUUUGAACGAAGCUUUUGCCGAAAAGCCCGAUUCUCAGCCGAAAAUGAUCUUAGUGAUGCGUGGAUCAGCAGCGAAAACUCUUGAAAAGUUGGUUGAUUUCAUGUACAAAGGCCCGGAUGUGCUGCAAGAGGACUCAAGUGAUCCCGGAUGGAAGGAUUUGUACGCGCUCGGACAAGAAUUGGAAGUUUGUGGGUUGCUGGAAAGCAUUUUGGAGAAACGAAAGACAAUUUUGACGCCGAUGCAGGUCGAAACAGUGACGUUGGAAGCGGAAAAGGAUUGCGGUACGAAGGGAAAGUGGAUGGAUAAAGCUAUGAAGACUUUGGACCAAAUUCGAAACGGAACGAAGCAGAAACCGGCAACAGCGCGUGAAUUUGUGAAUGAAAUCUUCAAUAAUAACAUAAAAUAUGUGAUGGAGAAUGGUUUGUUGACGGGAGUUGUUGUCUGUAUAGUCGUUUUGGAUGGCGAAGUGUUCCAAGGAGUCGGUUCUUGUAACGACGAGGCACGAGAAGAUGCUGCAAUAAGUAUUAUCACGAAAUACUUGAAGAUGAAAUUUCCAUUAGAUUAAGUUUUGAUAAGUUUUUAAGUGGUUUUCGAUCAAAGUUUAUCGAAAUGUUAAAUUUUUAGGUUAUAUCGCGCCAUUUUUGAACAAAAUUUUGUGAAUGACCUUGAAUUUUAAAAAAACUCAGUCAAAUAUGAA